AUGAAGUCUUUCGCCUUCUCCGCUGCCGUUCUGGCUUCAACUGCUAUGGCCCUGCCCGCCAACCUCGCCAACCUUGCCAACAACAUCCCUUCGGGCACCACCGACGCUCUGCCUUCCGGAGUUCCCUCUUGCCUGCCCUCCGGCGUCAUCCCCUCGGGCAUCCCUCUGCCCGUGGUCUCUUUGAUCCCCACUUGCCCCGGUGCCGCCGCAUCCUCCGCCAUGUCCGGCUUGCCCAUUCCUACCGGUGCCGCCUCCGGCUUGACCCAGGGCGCCGCUCCCGGCCAGCUUCUCUCCACCCUGAACGGUGCCGCCGGCCACGGCCAGGUUCUUUCCAUCCUUAACCAGGCUGGAACCUCGAACAUCAAGAUGACGGCUGAGUCCGAGCUGCAGAGCCUGAUGAGCAAGCUGCCCGUCAGCGCUCUCGAGAAGCCCGUUGGCCAGGUCAUCCAGACCGCCGACUCGGUCGACCAGCUCAACACCAGCGGCGGCUCCGGUCUCCACCAGGUCACCGCCGUCCUCGACAACGGCAACGCCGCCCUCAUCCAGCUGACCAACGAAGUUGUCAACCUCCUCGACAGCCUUGGUCUCGGCCAGGUCGGCGGCCUUAUUGGCUCCAUCGUUGGCGGCCUCGAGUCCGUCACCGGCUACGUCAAGCGCGACCCUCUCCAGAACGUUCUCUCCAUCACUGAUGUUAACGGCAUUGCCGGUGGCAAGGACCUUCUCGCCCAGAUUGAGCCUACUCUCCUCGGUGGCCUCCUCGGUGGUCUUGACCUCUCCACUGUUCAGGGCCCCAUUGGCAACGUCGUCGCCAUGGCCCCCUCCGUCUCCGAGCUGAAGUCCAAGAUCCCCAGCAUCCCCGGUGCUGACUUCAUCGCCGUCACCGCUGAGGACAAGGCUUCCGUCCUUUUGGUUAAGGUUGAGAGCACUGUCCAGGGUCUCCUGUCCUCUCUCGGCCUCGGCAGCGUCGGCACUACCGUCGGCUCCAUCGUCUCCUCCGCCUCCUCCGCCAAGGGUGCUCUUCCCCUGUAA